AUGGGCUCCCGCCUGUCCCUGGAUGGCUCCGUGCGGGUGGUGGUGGUCGGCGGUGGCUUCGCAGGCAUAGCGGCCGCCAGCCUGCUCAAAUCCUGGGGUGUCCCGUUCGUGCUGGUGGACAUGAAGGAUGCUUUCCAUCACAACGUGGCUGCCCUUCGUGCCGCCGUGGAGAGCGGCUUUGCCAAAAAGACAUUCAUCUCCUACGCUGUUACCUUUGGGGACAGCUUCCGACAAGGCAAGGUUAUUGGCAUAGACCCUGAGAGGCAACAAGUUUUGCUGAGUGAUGGUGAGGAAUUUCACUACUCCCAUCUCAUUCUUGCAACAGGCAGUGAUGGUCCAUUCCCUGGGAAAUUCAACAAAGUCAUUGACAUGGAAAGUGCCAUCCAGACCUAUGAAGACCUUGUCAAGGAGAUUGAGAAAUCGGAGCGCAUCCUGGUAGUGGGAGGUGGUGCUGCUGGGGUCGAGAUGGCUGCAGAGAUCAAAACAGAGUACCCAGCCAAAGAGGUCACCCUGGUUCACUCAAAACUUGCACUAGCUGAUGCAGAGCUGCUCGAUAGCGUCCGUCAGGAGGUGAAAGAGAUUCUCCUCAGAAAAGGAGUGCACCUCUUACUAGGUGAAAAGGUCGACAGCGUGGAGAGCCUCACGCCCAACCAGUUCCAGAAGGACACGGUGGUAAGGACAGAAAAGGGCACGGAGGUGGUUGUUGACAUGGUGGUCUUGUGCACAGGGAUAAAGAUUAACUCUUCAGCAUACGCUGCUGCAUUCGGGGACAAGAUGGCGAGGAAUGGUGCUUUGAAAGUUAACAAGUACCUCCAGCUGGAAGGCUAUGAGAACAUCUAUGUCAUUGGGGACUGUGCAGAUGUGAAAGAACCAAAGAUGGCCUACCAUGCUGGGCUCCAUGCCAACAUUGUGGUGACAAAUAUCUACAACAGCCUGGCAAAUAAGUGUCUUAAAACCUAUGAACCAGGAUCACUAACAUUCCUGCUCUCAAUGGGCAGGAAUGAUGGCGUAGGCCAGCUGUAUGGCUACUAUGUGGGACGCCUCUUGGUGACCAUUGCAAAGAGCCGGGACCUGUUUGUUUAUAAGAGCUGGAAGACCAUGGGGCAGAGAAUGCCCUCUUAAGAGGACAUCCAUACCAAGCCAGCAAGGAUGGAAGAGGGUGAGGGUGCACUUUUCUUGCUUGGACAGACUGUGACUGUCUCCUGCAUCACCUCCUAAAGCCACCUGUCAGUGUGCUGCAUUAAA